AUGGCUAUAUUCCGCAAAAAGCGAUUUCUCCUAUUGGUGGCAAUUGCAACCGUGGGAUUCAUGAUAUUGCAGUUUACAAGCUUUGCUCGUUUAUUGAAACCGCCUCUCCCAUACUCAGACCGUGGCUUCUUCGAGAGCGACUAUGAGACCAGGGCGAAAGUGCAUUUUUCGAAUUACCAGUAUCUGGGGACCGAAUCUUUUGGCCGGCGCUUGGGCGAAAAGUGGGAACACUUUGCGCAGAGGCCGCUUCAUGAGAAAUGUGUCCAGUUUUUCCUGGCGUUCGAGCAAGAUGAACCGAAGUGGAAACUUCACCGCACAGACUCGGACAGGUACGAUAAGUACAUUGUACAUAAGCAAAAGUUCUUUGAGCGCAGCUUUGGCAAGCUCAAAAAACAAAAGGAGAAAGCUAAAAGUGACAAUCCAGAAGAUGUGACCGACUUAGACAAACAAGAAAUUGACGCAUGGUAUACGGAACUGGUACAGGCAACAGAAAAUGCCGAGCAGAGCAUGGCCGAUACCAUGACAGUGCUUCGUCUUUUCGCUCACUGUUUCUACGGACCAGAGGGUGAUAAAAUCCGGGCAGCAGAAGAUGCACGUCCACUUUACGAGUCCCUCUCUCGUCGCUUGGUGCCAAUUUUCCUGCCCUACUUCCCCAUGAUUCACCAGACGGACGAUACGCUAUUGCAGGAUAGAUUUCCUGAAAGCUCGGUGGAAUUCAACUAUGGCGACAACCUCCUCGAUUUCUACCGGCAGAAUGUUCAUGGAUCCGGAAUAGUGAUUUCCGGAGCCACUCGUUACGUCAAACAUAUAGUCAAGUUUAUUCGGUUACUUCGAGUCAUGAACAAUCGGUUGCCGAUCCAGAUUAUUUUCCGCAACGACUUGCUGGAAAAGGCAAAGAAAGUCCUCUAUGCUGUGGCCACCCGGAGCAAAGAGGAAAUGUUCAACCCGGUCUUUACCGACCAGAAGCUUAUGCAGAAAAUGUAUCCAGGUUUCGACAUGGACCACGAAACAGUGAAAUCUCUCGAGUUUCCUCCUCAGGACAUCACUCUUAUCAACAUACAUCGCUCGAUUCUGCCAGACCACCAGAACGACUACACAGGCUACAACAACAAAAUUCUUGCUCUCUUCUUCAGCACAUUCCAGAACGUUCUACUCUACGACGCCGACAGCGUCCCACUAGUCCCACCUCAAGAAAUCCUUGAUGCCAACGAGUUCCGUGACAACGGGGCGUAUUUCUUCCGUGACAGGUCACUUCGAGACAGUAAUGAUUGGCUUGAAACAAAUUACUUUGCCAAACUCAUGCCCCACACAAACAAUGUUCUCGACAUGGCAAUGGGGGUGCGUCCGGUGACCAACCACACGAUGAAAAACGCAUACAUGACUGGCUGGCGUCAUUUUCAAGAAGCUGGUCUUCUUGCGUUGGACAAGCGGCGCCAUUUCGGCAUGUUUUUGCCACUUUUUGCCCUCGCUCUAUGGGAAGAACCUGUUCAGUCUCUGAUUUGGGGCGAUAAGGAAAUGUACUGGCUUGCUAUGUCUAUCGUUGGAGACGAGCAAUACCAUAUGAACAAGUACGCGGCCGCUUCAGUUGGCCAAAAGACGGAGGAGGGCCGUUUCAAAUUGUAUAACAAUACCCAAGCAAAUGAAUUGUGUUCGUCACAUCCAGGGCAUGUGAACCUGGCUGGAAAGCUUCUAUGGAUCAAUUCAGGCUUUUCCUAUUGCAAGAAAAACGGCUAUGUGCGAGAUUCAAGGAAGUUUCCCUUCUCGGCCAUGGAAGAUCGGAAAAUGGUUGAAGACUUAUAUCGAAACCCGCUCUUGAUUCGCCAUGCAAUAGUGCCCCCAGAUCUUCCCGAUCUCCGCACAUCAGACUCGCCCGAUCUACAGAGCGAAAUAGAUUUGGUUGAACUUGUGAGGAAAAGGAAAAAAGAUGUGGACGAUUUACCAGAUGAACAGAUCGACGGUUACGAUCCACAAAAAGGAUGGAUCAAGUCUUCCUGUUGCUCCAACUAUCAGUACUGUGCUUACGACGCCAUUGAAAGUUAUUCGAAUCCAGGGACGCUUGACACUUCGGGCACGCUUUUUACGUUUCUGGAGGAGGAAGCAGCCAGAUUUGAUUUCUUGGGUACCGUAUGGACCACUGGAAAUCGGCCAGCAUCUAUUCCUGACGGCUCCAAAGUGGACACUCCACAAGAAAAGUCAAAAGACAAAGAAAAUAAAACUGCAUUUGAGAAUCAGUCUCUGAAUAACAACACGUUAUUCAAUGUCCGGGAGCGUCCAGAAAAACUCCGAAAUGACAUCAAGGCUAUGAUUGCUGAUCUACUCAAAAAAUCUGAAACGUCAUCAAGAGUUUAA